AUGGUGAAAAGCAAAGUUUGGACCCCGAAAAGGAAGUUUGAUGGGAAAGUGCAAACGUCCGAUUUCCAUCUUGUGGAGGAGGAGGUUUCGGACGACCUAAAAGAUGGUGAGUACCUUAUAGAAGCACUUCACUGGACGGUGGAUCCGUACAUGAGGACACGUGAGGUGGGAAAUGUGGAACGCAAUCAAUGCAUGCCAGGAGAACAGAUAGCCAAUAUGACGGCUUACUUUGGUUUCCUGGAGCUUUGCCAACCAAAGGAAGGGGACACGGUACUUGUCAAUGGUGCUGCCGGGGCAGUAGGUAGUCUUGUCGGACAAAUCGCUAAAAUCAAGGGAUGCAAAGUGGUGGGAUGUGCUGGAACUGAAGACAAAUGCAAAUGGCUGAAAGAGCUGGGUUUCGAUGAAGUCUUCAACUACAAGAAGGUGGAUUUGUCCGAAGCAUUGAAAACGGCCGCUCCAGAUGGCUAUGAUUGUUUCUUCGACAAUAUUGGGGCCGAUUUUACAUCUACGGCACUGAAACACAUGAAGUUGUUUGGACGAGUGUCAAUCUGUGGACAGAUUUCCAUGUACAACGAUAAAGAGCCUCCAAGAGGUGUAUACCCGUUCAUGGACAUUCUUGCCAAACAGCUUAAGGUCGAAGGAUUCAUCGUAUUGCGGUGGUAUCCAAGGUGGGCUGAGGGAGAAAAAGACAUGGCACAAUGGAUCAGAGAAGGAAAAAUCAAGUACAAAGAAACGAUAUACAAGGGCUUUGAAAACAUGCCUACAGCAUUCGUCGGGCUGUUUGAUGGUGCCAACACGGGAAAAGCUAUAAUAUCAUCUUAG